AUGUCCGCAGAUCUGCUAGCAGAGUUUGGUCAGGCGCCUACUCCAGACAAUAGGUCCGGACAGCAGCCAUCACAAUACCAGAAAAACUCAUUCUUCGAUGUCGACGAGAACAUCGAUUUCUUCGGGUCAUCGGGAAGUGUUGAGCACAACAAACGUCCCAAUCCGACCCCGGGAGCAGUCAGUCAAUUUGCAACUCCAGCAGCUUCGUGGCAGGGCCCUGGUCAUCAGGAAUUUGACCUUCCCUUGAAUCCGCAUAGCGAUGUAUUAUUCGAUGCAGCAUUUGACACACCAGCAUAUGAUACAGACGAUGACUGGGGUGAAUUCGAGGGCCCUGGUUCAAACACUCUGCAUGCACAAUCAACAACUCUUCAGCAAUCAAGGACAGCUACAUCUCCAAAACCAGAGCCUCGGCAAAAUGAUUCGCAUGUUUCUAGAACAAUUGACUUGCUAGAUUCACUCUCAAUGCAAGACUCCGCACCAGCUGUGAAACAUCCGUCGAAAAUUGCCAAAAAGAACCAAGACCUCGGACCUAAUAAUAACCAAGCCCAGGCGACAUGGGAGGAUGAUUCGUUUGGUGACUGGGCCGAUUUCGACGAUUCGCCUGCUAGCCAACCUCCCCCCAUGGUCUCCGAGAAGAAAACAAAACCACCUACAAAACCGCCCGUUAAAUCCAAUAAGCCGGCUGCAUCAACCUGGGACGAGGAUGCGUUCGACGACUGGGGUGAUUUUUCAGAUGGGCCCAGUGUGAAGCCUGUGCCCAAAUCCAAACCCACCUCACCACCGACGGUCCCUAGCCCAGCUCCUAGUAGCUUUGUUUCUGGAACCACAGCCCCCGCAGCCACCGUCCGUCCAACAAAUAUCCCACCGCCAUCAGUCCUUCUCGAGUUAUUCUUAGAUGUGUUCGAGAAUCUCCAGAAGGAGGCUGCACUCGCCAAAACCCAGCUACGAUCCUCGGCCCCACCGUCAUCCUCAUCCUCAAACACCGUUUCAACAACAGCCUUAAAUAUCCACAAUGUACUUCAAUCGGCCGCCCGCGUAAUUGCAGGGCGAAGUCUCCGGUGGAAACGUGAUACAAUUCUUAGUCAAAGCAUGCGAAUUGGCCCUGCCCGUUCUGGCAAAGUCGGUGGUAUGAAACUUAACAGCGUGAACAAGCAAGAGAACAUCAAAGAAGAACAAGACGCUGUUGACGUGCUUACUACUUGGCGUGAACGGGCGGCGAUAUUCAACGCUGUUCUACAAGCCGCAGGCCAGCGGCCAAUCCCUACGGUCCCAGAUCCCAGUGCGCUCAAGGUUAUUACGGCGCGGGCGGACCAGGGCGCACUGAAGGCCUCUCAUCCAUGUGCACUCUGUUCGCUUAAGAGAGAUGAGCGGGUGUUACGGGUGGACGAACAAGGUGUCCAAGAUAGCUUCGGAGAGUGGUGGACUGAGCAUUGGGGCCACACGGCAUGCAGACAAUUUUGGGAGACGAAUCGAAAUCUGCUCGGGCAGCGUUGA